AAGGGGUUCGCCCUAGAGGUUCGUAGGGGUCAUGGUCAUCGUUCUUCACGUAUCAACUGUAAAAAUGUCUGGGUCUGGAAGAUUGCCGGCUUUGUCAUGCACAUUUUGCAUGACUCCUCAAGUCUGUGAUGCAUGCCCUAGCAUCACAGAUUUUUAGAGGGCUUCCUGAUGCCUAUUCCGCAUGACAAAUGCUCUUUCCGUACUGCAAAAUUUGGACUCUCUUUGCUGCUCAUGCACUACAGAUUUUUUUCGAAUCCAAAAUCAGCAUGACAAGUUGGAUUCUUCCAGACCCAGACAUUUUUACCGUUGAUAUCACGGUCGCCAAGAAUCGCUAUGACAGUACACAAGCCCCCCUCCCCCUCAAUUGUAUAG